AUGACACGUAACGUUGUUGCAUUUGGUGACGAGGAGCGGGAUAUCGAGCAAGAUAUCGGAACAGAAUUUGGACAGAUCGCUUCGUGGAUCAGUCCUCGUUUACCAGGUCAAGCAGCAUUGGUGCCUGGGCAGAGAUUACGAAUUCUGGCAGUUCCAGAGAAGUUUGCAGACGGAGACGUUGAGUUAUGGCUGGAGCGCUUUGCUUUGUGUGCGGCUGCUAAUAGCUGGAAUGCAGAUGCCAAAGUGAAGAUUCUCCCAACGUACUUGAAAGGAAGGGCAUAUGCCGUGUACCGUCGACUGACGGCAGAACAGAAGGCGUCGAACGAUGUGCUAGCUACGGCGUUGAAAGAAACUUUUCUGCCUGGAACAGGAGAACGACGUCGCUUAGCGAGAAGGCAGUUCUCAGAGCGAUCGUUACGUGAUGGGGAAGCGCUUGAAGUGUAUGCGAGAGAACUAGAAGAUCUACUGGAUCGUGCUAUGCCUGGGCUGGCGGAAGAUCUGAGAGAACAACAGCUGAUUGAUCGCUUUGUUGAAGGUCUGCCCCGCACGCCAGGUAUCAGCUGGAUUUACACCCGCAAGCAACAUUCCAAACAGCGGCAGUGCAGUGGUCACAAGUUUGUUAGUGUUAGCGCAGCUUGUGCAGAUAGAGUAACAAGUGUCAUGGAGGAUCUGAAAGAGAGAUUGAACGAGAUGGAAAAGGCGCUAAGUACUGCAGGUGUGAGUGUGAGAAGUGAUAACAGGCAAUCAGGAUCAAGUGAAUUGUCAGUGACGCAAGACGUUCAUCACACAAGCGGUGGAUGA